AGCAAAUUAGUGUGUGCUGUACUAAUAAUAAUACAAGUCCAGAAAAGGAAAGGAAAGAAAUGGAGAGAUAUUUGAGCGUAGGGCCAGGUACCCCAUUGACAAAGGUGGUGAUCCCCUCGGUUCACCUGCUAGCCAUGUACGCCCCUUUUUGUUUCAGUUGGGACGCCGUUGGGCUCUGGUUUGUGUUGUACAUCCUCACCGGCCUGGGAAUCACCCUCUCCUAUCAUAGGAACUUGUGUCACAAGAGUUUCAAACUUCCCAAGUGGCUCGAGUACAUGUUUUCCUAUUUGGGUGUUCAAGCUCUUCAGGGGGGCCCAAUUGGUUGGGUGAGCACCCAUAGACACCACCACAAGUACACUGAUUCAUUGAAAGAUCCUCACAGCCCCAACGAUGGUUUUUGGUUCAGUCACAUGGGAUGGAUCUACGACACUAAAAACGCUGACGAAAGGAGGAAUAGGAAGCCAUCAAAUGUAGGGGACUUGGAGAGUCAGGCCUUCUAUAUCUUCAUCCAAAAGACCUACAUUCUCCACCCUAUUCUACUUGGAGCUUUCCUGUAUUCCUUGGGAGGAUUUCCUUACAUUGUUUGGGGCAUGGGAGUAAGGAUUGUAUGGGGGUUCCAUGUAACAUUUCUUGUGAAUUCUGCGUGUCACAUUUGGGGAAGCCAAGCAUGGAACACCAGCGACUUAUCCAGAAACAAUUGGAUGGUGGCGCUGGUGACAUUCGGGGAAGGGUGGCACAACAACCACCACGCCUUUGAGUACUCGGCGAGGCAUGGGCUGGAGUGGUGGCAGCUCGACACGGCUUGGUGCACUAUUUGGGUCCUCCACAAAUUAGGGCUGGCUACAAGUGUGAAGCUCCCCACAGAUGCCCACAAGGCAAAGAUGGCUUUCAAUCAUGAUAAUAAUAAUAAAAUAAACGGCGGCGGCACCACAUCGUCAAUAAUGUCUGCCUUCCCAGCUGCCAUUCCUCCUCCUACUCUUCGUCCGCUCCUCAAAUAGAGCGCUAAUGGGAAAACUGUGUAUACUUAUUGCGUAGUUAUUGUACGUGCUAGUUUUCUACAUUAAUGUCUCCCACUUUCCCAACUCCCCCCAUUUGAUUUUUUUUUUUAUUAUUACUUUUCACCCUACUAGCUCCUGCAUGUGAACUCAAAAUAAAUGUCAUUUGUCGUCUAUCUGUACUGUUUUGUGUUGAU